UAUUGACAGAUAUGCAACAUUAUUUUUUCCAGUCAAGGGCUAACAACCUUGACCACCGUUCGGUCCAAUUUGUUUCGUAAAUUUCAAAUAGAAAGUACACAAUCACAACUCUAAUAUGUCUGACAAAAAAGAUAAAUCAGAUAGACUUAUAACGGCAGACGAAGUUAAAAGGCACAAUACCAGAAAAAGCGUGUGGAUGGUCAUCCGAAAUGACGUUUACGAUGUUACUUCCUACAUCGAAGAGCACCCUGGCGGAGAAGACCCAUUACUGGAGGCUGCGGGACAAGAUGCCACAAUCGCUUUUGAGGAUAUUGGUCACAGUGAAGAUGCCAGAACAAUAAUGAAAAAAUAUAAAAUUGGUAGACUAGCACCAGGUGAAAGCUGUUCACGGCUGAAAUGGGCGUUACUGGCUUUGGGGGCUGCUAUACUCAUCGGAAUUGCGUACAAAAAAUACGCAACAUAAACUAGAAGAAAAAACACACAGUUGGGGUCCAAUAAAACUGGUGAAACCAGUUGAGGCCUAGUGUAAGCCUAACUUUGUAGGUACACUCGACAAUGACCAUUGUUAAUCAAUUUUAAACCAUAUUACUGUAAUGAUAAGGUUAAAAAUUGAUCAAUUAUGAUUAUUUUCGAGUGUACCUUGGACAAGAAAUUACUUCUGAGGAAUAUUCGUUAUAGUAUGUUUCUUUAGUCUUAGCUCAAUUUUUUUUCACAUAUAAUUGAUUUUUAGUACAGUUAUAAGGUAACUGUAUGUAGAGUUAUAUUCCAAUGUUUCAAAUCGCGCUGUCCAGGUUUAUUUAAUAUUAUGUGCAUUUAUUAUUCGUCUAACUUCUGUGAUUCUUGUCUGUUGUUCUUUAGAACAGUUAUUUAAUACCCGUUCUUUAAAAUGGUGCUUAAUUUUAACCAUAACGUUCCAUUGAUAUUUUGGUGAGUUUUAUUAAAUUGUCACGUGAUAUGAAAUUCUUAUUAAAAUUUACGAAUAAGAGGAAUAUAAAAUAUGUAAAAAUCCGUUUUUAUCGCUUACAUUACCAAAGGAAUAAUAAUUCUGUAAUCAGCGUGAAAGUAUAAUUUAUUUAUUUGAAACUGUUUUGCAUUUUGAAUUGUUCAACUAUACUGUCGCGUUUAUUUUGUGAUAACCAUGUUUUGUACAAAUCUUUUUAUAUAACUGUUACAAUUUUCUGAUUUUAUUAUGACAUGAUGCAAUAAAGUAGUAAAUAGUGAAA